AUUACGAAGUAUUUUAAAUGUUUGUUGCAAUUCAACAGAGCAGUGAAGACAAUCAAUAUUUCAGGUAAAGGAAAGAUCGUGAACUAUGAAAUUAAUCUAAUUGCUAGUUAAUCCGAAUAUGAAACUUGUGAUCUACGUUCAGUGUUGCGUAUACAUUAAAGAGAGCAAUAUCAAACUGCAGUUUGCGUUCCAAACAAAACCGUCAAUCAUGUUUGAAAAGAAAACUUGUGGAAUUACAGCUUAAAACAAUGGUGCAAAUAUUUAUUCUUACUUAUCUAACAUAUGAAAUUCUAUCAGGAUUUCAUACAUAUUAUGUUGAAGGCUUUAUAGUUAUGGAUUGUUAUUGGGUAGAUGAUAACAAUGGCAUGGCAGCCUUUCAAAACUUUAUUAGUUCUGACUCAACGACAGUUUCCUGCUUGGAAAAAUGCACCGAUUGGAAUUACAAUUAUGCAGCAACAAAAUUUGACGUAUGGGGUACAUUUGAGUGCUUCUGUGGAAAUGAUAUACAAUUUACAACAACAUCUACUGGCUCGGACUGUGCAUUUCCAUGUCCAAUUAGCGUGACUGAUCGGUGUGGACGAAAAAAUCGAAUAGCCGUUUAUGAUAUACGAGGCGAAUCUUUGCCCAUAAACAUUCCUGUAGUAGAACCCACAACAGAAGUGUCUACAUCCACAGUUGAAAGGUUAACCACUACCACUGCCGUGAAUACUAUGACGAGUAUAGAUGAACAUAAAACAACUGUUUCAAUAGGAAAUGAAAAAACGUCAACCGCAUCUCCAUUGGUGCAGUCAACUGAAAUUAGUACACAUGUAGCUGAACUGCCAGUUUCAACUUCAGCAAGGUCUUCAAUAAAAGAAACUAUGUCCACGCAAAUUACCGAGUCAAGCUCGUCUAUUUCUACUACAGCAGUGGAAAUGGUAUCUUCGUCUUCAAAUUAUAACAAUCCUAGUACUUCUUAUCAGAUGCCAUGUAUGUGCCCAUGUUCAUCAGUUAGUACUAAAUGGAACUUUCUUGCUAAUAUGAAUAUGUCAAUUGCUGAACUGAAAAUAUUUCUGAAUGAUUACUUAGAUGAACUUAAACGAAAUCUUACCAUUGAUAAGACGACAACGUCAGCAUAUCUCAACACAAAAAUAUCCGCCCCAGAUGAUCGAAAGUCUUCAGUGUCGAUUGGAUAUUUUGGACUUUUUUUAGUUGGUAUCCCAUUAGUAUUCAUAGUUUGCAGUGACGCAAUGAGAUUUGUGAUGCAGUUUCAAAAACGCUGACUAUAAAAACGUGACCAGUUAGAAUUUUUAAUGAACAAUUGAAGUGUACAUUUUAUUACAGUCGAAAUUCGUGAAUAUAUCUUUGUCAUUUUUUCCGACCGUCCUGAAUUAACGGCAUUUAAAUGUAUGAACUGAUAUUUUUUUCAUUCAACGAAAAUAUGAUACACUGUAUACAACAAAAUUAUAUAUUAUGAUAAUAAAACAAUAAUUGGUUCCGUACAUACAGAA